AUGAAGCGGGACUGUCCUGUGCAGAAAGGCGACAGUGCGAAUGAUGCAGUUUUUUCUGUGAGCGAGAAACGACUCGACGGUUGGCUGAUUGACAGUGGAGCUACAUCGCAUAUGACUCCGCAUCGUUCCGACUUGUUCGACUACGAGAUCCUGAACGAUGGCAUUGGUGUAACGAUUGCCGAUGGCAAGAAGCUACGCGUCCAUGAAAAAGGAACAGUGAGGCUGACUGGUGUGAACAGUCGAAGAAUCAAGAUGAUGAAUGUAUUGCACAUUCCAGGACUUGACCGUCGUCUAUUAUCAGUUGGAAGACUCGCUGAACACGGUCUAAGUGUCAACUUUGAGCGUUUUUAG